UUGGCAUGCAGGUUGCAUACAGUGAUCUGAAACAUAAUGGUGGUUUUCAGAAAGGGUGAUCAUGUGUGGCUGGACACUCAACCAAACAGUGAAUUUAAUGUCCCAAUUGGGGCAGUUGUGAAGGAAUCUGACUCGGGACGGAUCUUGCUGGAGGAUGAUGAAGGCAAGGAGCACUGGAUCACGGCUCGGAAUAUGCACAUGGUGCAGCUGAUGCACCCCUCCUCUGUCCAGGGGGUAGAGGACAUGAUCCGCCUCGGGGAUCUCCAUGAAGCUGGCAUGGUGCACAACCUCCUCAUCCGACAUCAGGAGCACAAAAUCUAUACUUACACAGGAUCAAUCCUUGUAGCAGUGAAUCCAUACCAGCUGCUGCCCCUCUACACGGUGGAUCAGAUCAGACUCUAUUGUAACAAGAGAAUUGGAGAGCUUCCACCUCAUGUCUUUGCCAUUGCAGAUAACUGUUACUUCAAUAUGAAGAGGAAUAAGAGAGACCAGUGCUGUGUGAUCAGUGGAGAAUCUGGAGCUGGUAAAACUGAAAGUACAAAGCUAAUACUACAGUUUCUGGCAGCUGUCAGUGGCCAGCAUUCCUGGAUAGAGCAGCAAAUCCUAGAGGCCAACCCCAUUCUGGAAGCUUUUGGAAAUGCCAAGACAAUUCGAAAUGACAACUCAAGCCGCUUUGGGAAAUACAUUGAUAUUCACUUCAACCAAAGCGGUGUGAUAGAAGGAGCCCGGAUAGAACAGUUCCUCCUGGAGAAGUCCCGGGUCUGCCGGCAGGCUCCAGAGGAGAGGAACUAUCACAUCUUCUACUGCAUGCUAAUGGGGAUGAAUACAGAGCAGAAAAAGAUGCUUAAUCUGGGCACUGCUUCAGAGUACACUUAUCUCACUAUGGGUAACUGCACGUCCUGUGACAGCCGGAAUGACGCCAAGGAUUAUGCCCACAUCCGCUCGGCUAUGAAGAUCCUCAUGUUCUCAGACUCUGAGCACUGGGACAUCAGCAAGCUGCUGGCUGCCAUCCUGCACCUAGGGAAUGUAGAGUUCCAAGCGGCCGUGUACGACAACCUGGACUGCUCUGAUGUGAUAGACUCACCACACUUCUCCAUCGCCACCAAACUGCUUGAGGUGGACUCCAGUGAACUCCAGAACAGCCUCACAAACCUCUCCAUCAUUGUCCGAGGAGAAAGUGUGUCCAGGCCUCUGAAUGUGGUUCAAGCUGCCAAUGGGAAGGAUGCCUUUGUGAAGGGUAUAUAUGGACGGAUUUUCUUGUGGAUCGUGAACAAAAUCAACUCAGCCAUUUUCAACCCAGCUUCUCAGAAGCCUAAAGACAGACAUCAAUCCAUUGGACUGCUGGACAUUUUUGGGUUUGAAAACUUCAGCAACAACAGCUUUGAGCAGCUGUGCAUUAACAUUGCAAAUGAGCACCUUCAGCAGUUCUUUGUGCACCACGUCUUCAAGCUGGAGCAAGAGGAAUACCUUGCAGAGCACAUUGCCUGGAACAACAUUGACUUCACUGAUAACCACCAGGCUCUGGAAGUCAUUGCACUCAAGCCCAUGAAUAUCAUCUCCCUCAUUGAUGAAGAAAGCAGGUUCCCAAAGGGCACAGAUGCCACUAUGCUUAUCAAAAUCAAUUCCCUCCAUGGUAAAAGUAAUGUCUACAUCCCACCUAGGAGUGUUCAUGAUACCAAGUUUGGCAUCAACCACUUUGCUGGGGUUGUCUUUUAUGAAUCAAAAGAUUUCCUGGAGAAAAAUCGUGACACACUGAGUGCUAAUGUAAUGCAAGUGGUCCAUUCCUCCAAAAACAAAUUCCUGAGAGAGAUUUUCCAGGUGGAAACAACCCCACCUAUUCUGGGACGUGGGACCAUUCGGCAUCUUGGAUCUGACCAGGUCUACAAGGGCUUGGAUACCACCAAGCGGCUCUCAACACUGGGAGGACAGUUCAAGCAAUCCCUGGAAAAGCUAAUGAAAAUCCUGGAGCAGUGCCAGCCAUACUUCAUCCGCUGCAUCAAGCCAAAUGACUACAAGAAACCACUGCUGUUUGAUCGGGAGCUGUGCAUCAAGCAGCUGCGCUAUUCGGGGGUGAUGGAGACCAUUCAGAUCAGGAAAGCUGGGUACCCCGUCCGCUACAGCUUUGAGGAGUUCUUUGAGAGAUACAGAUUUCUCCUGCCAUGGUCUCUUCGACAAAAGCUGAAGAAUGAUACUCGACAGAGCUGCAUCAGCAUCUCCCAAGCAGUGCUGGGCAAGGAUGAAAGCUGGCAAGUUGGAAGGACCAAGAUUUUCCUUAAAGAUCAUCAUGACACUGUAUUGGAGCUGCAACUCCAAAAUGUACUCACAGAUAAGGUUCUUCUUAUCCAGAAGGUGAUGAGAGGAUUGAAGGACAGGAAGCAGUUCCUGAAACAGAGGAGGUCUGCUGUAGCCAUUCAGUCAGCCUGGAGAGGCUACUGCUGCCGGAAGGAGUUCAGAAUGGUGCUGCUGGGCUUCGGGCGGCUGCAGGCGCUGUACCGCGGCCGGCAGCUGGCCCAGCGCUACGAGGCCACGCGCGCGCGGAUCGUCGCCUUCCAGGCGCUGUGCCGCGGGUUCCUGCUGCGCCAGAGGCUGAACAAGCCGGAAGCCAGGAAUAUCCACUUGAAAGAAGAGAAAAACCUCAUCCAAGUCCUGGGACCACUGAAAGGAAGGGAAGAAGCUACGAGAUUACAAAAGGAACACCUGCCAGCCCAGGAGAGAGAGGAGGCAGAAGCAAGACAAGGGAGGAACAUGCUUGCCAAUAAACUAACAAAUCAUGAUGUUAUCAGUGACCAAGAAAUGGUGGACAAAAUUUUUGGGUUUUUACCUUCUAUGAUCGGAGGCCAAGAAGGACAGGCUCCUCUUGGUUUUGAGGACUUGGAAACAAAGCCUAACAAGCUGGAGGAAGUGGACCUGGACAUGGUUCCCAUGAGUGUGGAGCUAGAAGAGGAAGCAGAUGGUUUGGAAGAGUACACCUUCCCCAAGUUUGCAGCUACUUAUUUCCAGGGGUCUUCCACACAUACACAUAUCCGGAGACAGCUGCGGCACCCACUGCUCUACCAUGAUGACAAGGACAAUGUCCUGGCUUCUCUAGCUGUGUGGGUGAUCAUCCUGAGGUUCAUGGGGGACCUGCCAGAGCCAGCAAUGUUUGCCAAGAGUGCCACCACCAAGAGCAGCUCUGUGAUGACACAGAUAUAUGACACACUUGGCAGGAAAAACCAGGUCCAGUUCAGGAAUGACAGCCCAAAUAUGAGAGAAGGCAGAAGAGAUAACAAGAUUUCUAAGGGGAUUUCAUCCCUGAAACUGAAACGAUCAUCCAAGCUGACAGGGAAGGUGACAGAGCAGCUACGAAGUGGAGAAGAGGCUUUCCAAGAGGACAUCUCAAUCUCUCAGAGACCUAUGUCCAACCUAGAAAAAGUACACUUCAUUAUUGGCAAUGCAAUUCUGCGUCCUGCCAUCAGAGAUGAGAUUUAUUGCCAGAUUUGCAAACAACUCACAGAAAACAGCAACAGGAGCAGCUAUGCUCGUGGCUGGAUCCUUCUGUCACUUUGCCUUGGCUGCUUUCCUCCUUCAGACACGUUUGUGAAGUACCUGUUGAAUUUCAUCCACCACGGGCCCACGGGCUACGCUCCAUACUGUGCUGAGCGUCUGAGACGCACCUACAGCAACGGGGCCCGGACUGAACCUCCCAGCUGGCUGGAACUUCAGGCAACAAAGCAGAAGAAACCCAUCAUGUUUAAUGUCACCCUGAUGAAUGGCCAAAGCAUCACUGUCCCUGCAGACUCUGCUUCCACUGCCAAAGAGAUCUGUCAGUUCAUAGCAGAUAAAAUCAAACUGAAGGAUAUCUUUGGGUUUUCGCUCUACAUUGCUGUGUUUGAUAAGGUCUGGUCGCUGGGCGGGGGCCGGGAGCACGUGCUGGACGCCAUCUCGCAGUGCGAGCAGCUGGUGAAGGAGCGCGGCACGCACGAGCGCCACGCGCCCUGGCGCCUCUACUUCCGCAAGGAGAUCUUCACCCCCUGGCACAGCUCCCGCGAGGAUCCCGUCAGCACUGACCUCAUCUACCACCAAGUCAUCCGGGGCGUCCGCUUCGGAGAGUACCGCUGUGACAAGGAGGAAGAUUUGGUGGAGAUAGGUGCAAAAUAUUGUUAUAUCCAAUUUGGAGAUACCAUCCACAAUGAACUUGUGCAGAAGGUGCUCCAUGACUGUAUUCCAGUAAAACAGCUGAAGUCCAAACCCCUGGAAAAGUGGGUGAGCCUUGUAACCUAUGCACAUGCUAAGGCCCCAUACACACAGGACCAUCUGUCCUCUCAGACUGUGAAGGAGCAACUUGUAGAUUUUGCUCGCUUUCAGUGGCCUUUGCUUUUUUCCAGAUUCUUUGAAGUCACUAAGUUUUCAGGACCCAGCUUGCCUAAGAACCACUUCAUUAUUGCUAUAAAUUGGAAAGGCAUCUGCUUCUUGGAUGAGUCAGAAAAGCGGCUCCUUGAGCUGACCUUUCCAGAGAUAACUGGCAUCCACACAAACAGGGCAGUGAAAUCAUUUGGACAGAGCUGCACUCUCAUCACACUUCGUGCCGAGGAGUUUGUUCUGACAUCUGUAAACAGCGUUGUCAUUGCUGAACUGGUGGUGAUGUUCCUGGAAGGACUGAAGAAAAGAUCACAAUUUGCUGUGGCAAUGCAUGAGAAAAAAUCCCAGGAAGAUUCUGGCAUCCUGUCCUUCAAGAAGGGAGACUUGCUAAUCUUCACUGAAGACAAAAGGCUGGAUGCAGACUCUGGCUGGAUCUGUGCCCAGAACGAAAGGACAGGCAAAACAGGGAAUGUAUUUUUGGAAGACAUCUACAUCAUUCCUUCCCUCACAAAACCCUCUAGUCAAGUGCUGAGUUUGCUGAUGAUGUCUCCAGACCAGAGGAGGACAGCUUCACAGAACUCCUUCAUGGAGGAACCUGAGGAAGAGGAUAUCAAGGUGAAGCCUUACACCCUGGAGGAGUUCUCCUACGAACACUUCAGGGCUCCUGAGAAGGAAUCCAUCAGCAAAGCUGUUCUCCAGAAAUCCCGUGGGCACAGUCAACUGUGGGCACAUUCCAAGGAGCCUCUAAAACAGCCAUUGCUGAAGAGAGCAUGCACAGACCCUGAUCUUCGGGAUUUGGCCUGUCAAGCCUUCAUUGCCAUCAUGAAAUUCAUGGGAGACUACCCCUCAAAACAGGCACACUCCUCUGUAGAAGUCACUGACCAGAUAUUUGUGCCAGCUAUCCAGGAGGAGAUCCUGCGAGAUGAGAUUUACUGUCAGAUUAUGAAACAACUGACUGAGAACAGAAACAGGUACAGCGAGACCAAGGGCUGGCAGCUCCUCUGGCUCUGCACUGGCCUCUUCCCACCCAGCAAGUCACUGCUCAAACAUGCCCAGAAGUUCAUAGAGACACGCCAGAAAGAAACACUGGCCCCGGGCUGCCGUCGGAGGAUUCAGACAGUAAUGAGGAGUGGCUGCAGGAAGUGGGCACCUCAUCCUGUGGAGGUUGAGGCCAUCUUACAGAACAACACUAAGAUCUCACACAAGAUUUGCUUCCCCAACGAAACAGAACUGACAUUUGAUGUGGGAACAAACACCAAAAUCCAGACUCUGUGUCAGAAUAUCGCUUCCAAAUUGCAGCUGCGCUCCUGGGAAGGUUUCAGCCUCUUUGUGAAGAUUGCAGACAAGGUGAUCAGUCAGAAUGAAGCAGACUACUUCUUUGACUCACUAAGGCAGGUGACAGACUGGAACAGAAGGAACAGGCCAGGAAGAGAUGGGGCUGCUCUGUCUGUGGCCUAUGAGGUGUACUUCAUGAGAAAGCUGUGGCUGAAUGUCACUCCUGGCAAGGAUCUGAAAGCUGAUACCAUUUUCCAUUACCACCAGGAGCUGCCAAAGUACCUCAGAGGCUACCACAAGUGCUCCAAGGAUGAAGCUGUGCAGCUGGCAGGGCUGAUUUAUAAAGCGCGCUUCAACAACGACCGCGCCCAGCUGGCAGCCAUCCCCAAAAUCCUGAAGGAGCUGGUGCCAGAGAAUCUGCUCCGAGCAGUGGCACCAGAUGAAUGGAAGAAGAGCAUUAUUGCAGCAUAUAGUAAACAUGAAGGAAAAACUGUGGAUGAGGCCAAGAUUGCUUUCUUGAAAAUGAUACACCGGUGGCCAACGUUUGGAUCAGCCUUUUUUGAGGUGAAGCAAGCCUCGGAGCCCAAUUUCCCAGAGAUUGUACUGAUUGCAAUCAACAAGCAAGGAGUCUCACUGAUACAUCAGAAGACAAAGGAUAUUUUAGUAGUCUACCCCUUCAAUAAGAUCUCCAACUGGAGCAGUGGGAGCACAUAUUUUCACAUGACCAUAGGGAACCUGGUACGAGGAAACCGGCUCUUAUGUGAGACAUCUCUGGGUUACAAAAUGGAUGACCUGUUAACAUCCUACGUACGCCUGCUCAUGAAUGCUGUAAACAAGCAAAAGAACCUCCCAGCCUGAGAGUGGAAAUAGAGCCCAUGACCUGUACUCGUGCCAAACUACCUGUAACUUCAUAUCCCAGAAGAAAUGCCAUUUAAAAAAUAUUAAUCUUGUUGAUCGAUCUUCUGAUCACACACUGAAUGAACUGAGUUGCUGAAAUACUAGCGCAAGAGAAACUCAAGUGAGCAUGUGCUC